AUGCCAUUCGUUGUAUUCAAACAUGUCUAUGACACCAACAGAUACAACAUGCUGUACCAUCAUCCAACAUUGAUCGCAACAGCUGCAAGUGCUGGCCGACUUGAUGUGUACAAGGUGUUUGAGGCACAGUCCAAAGACUACCCACUAGCAAUUCCCUCGCCAGACAAGUACAAUGACCAUCUAAUGUAUGCGCUAUAUAGUUGUAAACUAUCAAUGUUUGAACAUCUACUUGCGCUCGAGACCUAUGACACGAUGAGCCACCGGGUUAAGGAUCCAGUUGCCCAUCAUUACAACCAACUUUCAACGACCAGUCGGCGGCGCACACUUAACGAACGCAUUGAAUUGGCAGCCAUAAUCAAGAAACUGAUCAAGUACACAGAGACAUACUACGUCAACAACCAGAUCACACCGAUUCGACCUCAUCAUGUGAUCAGAGCAAUGUUGAAGGAUCCAUUCUCAAUGAUAUUGGAAUGCGAGGACAUUGAGUUGGCUCGACAGGCAAUCAAGUAUGCCCCGUUCGAUCAGAGUCAGUUAUUCAAACAUUGCAGCAACAUACUUGGCUAUCACAACUGGGAAAAUAUACUUUAUACCGAUAUCAAGAAGAAGAUUGACCAAGAGCAGCUCAAACGUGGAGUGGACUUCCUCUUUGAACUGAUGAUCCUAUAUGACCGACCUGUCAUCAUACCGACUCACACACUGUUCCCAGCAUGCAAGGAGGUGCUCACCGAGGUUGGUGUGAUGAUCCUAAAUGUCUAUGCCAUCAUGUCACCAGAUUCACAGCCUGCACUUCACUCCAUUAUCAGAAAGAGCAUCUUCACGAAUGUUCGUCCGUCAUGUGAUCCAUUACAUUUGAAGCAAUUCAUUCGAUACCUCCUCUCGCUCAACAACAAGAAGAUCCAAGGACUUAUACUUACACUGGAUACAAUAUGUGCCUUUGGCACUGUUGAGAUGCUCAAGAUUGUUCACGAGUUAUUGGUGUUAGAGUAUGGACUCAAGGUGGAUCAUAUUAGAUUGAACAGAGUCUUUCCAAAGUCAUUGGAGAUGUUGGAGUACAUACUGGAACAUAACAUGUACACGAUGGACAAUAUGGCAAUGCUUGCUCACUUUUCAAAGAUGGGCAAUCCAGACAUGCUCAAGACUUUCUUUGCCAGAUAUCCAGGUUUGCUAGACGUAGAGUUGGACAGAUCCGCAAUCCUUCAAGUAUUCUCCUGCCUUACCGACUUGGAUAAUGGAUGA